AUGGCGCCGACUGAGAUUCCCCCGCCCCUCGAGGGCAAGAAGAGGCGCAUUGGAGUUAUGACUAGCGGAGGAGACGCACCCGGCAUGAACGGAGCAGUACGAGCCGUAGUCCGCAUGGCCAUUCACAACGACUGCGAGGCGUUUGCCAUAUACGAAGGCUACGACGGUCUGGUAAAGGGUGGAGACAUGAUCAAGGAGAUGAAGUGGGAAGAUGUGCGAGGUUUCCUGUCGGAAGGAGGUACCCUCAUCGGCACAGCACGAUGCAUGGAGUUUAUGCAGCGAGAAGGUCGCCGAAGAGCCGCAAAGAACAUGAUUGUCAAGGGCAUUGACGCGCUCAUCAUCUGCGGUGGUGACGGCUCGCUCACAGGUGCAGACAGGUUCCGUGCAGAGUGGCCGGAGCUGCUGAACGAGCUGGUCGAGGCAAAGGAGCUUACCGCUGAGCAGAUUGAACCGUUCAAGCACCUCAACAUUGUCGGUUUGGUCGGCUCAAUCGACAACGAUCUUUCCAUGACUGAUGCCACGAUUGGAUGUUACACAUCGCUCGGACGUAUCUGCGAAGCCAUCGACUCGGUCGACACCACCGCCGUAAGCCAUCAGCGAGCAUUCGUCAUCGAGGUCAUGGGCCGACACUGUGGUUGGCUUGCGCUCAGUGCUGGUGUUGCAACAGGAGCCGACUUUGUCUUCACACCUGAAAACCCUCCUGCGGAAGGUUGGCAAAAGGAAAUGUGCCGUCAGAUCAAGAAGCACAGGAGUAUGGGCAAGCGAAAGACCAUUGUCGUUGUUGCUGAGGGCGCUAUCGACCGCAACCUCAACAAGAUCACAUCACAACACGUCAAGGAUAUUCUUUCGGAAGACGCUAAGCUUGACACACGAGUGACGACGCUUGGACACGUUCAGCGUGGAGGUACACCCUGCGCGUACGACCGUAUGCUUUCGACACUUCAGGGCACCGAGGCCGUCAAGGCUGUGCUGGAAGCUACACCUGAUAUUCCUAGCCCAGUUAUCUGUGUGCAAGAGAACAAGAUUGUCCGAAGACCACUCCUUGAAGCUGUUGCACAGACCAAAGAAGUCGCUGUUGCCAUCGAAAACAAGGACUUCCACAGGGCUAUGCAGCUCCGCGACACCGAGUUCGAGCAACAGUACCAGGCCUACAAGAUCACCACAGCGGCUGACCAGCCAGAGCUUCUUCUCCCCGAAGAAAAGCGUAUGCGGGUCGGUAUCAUCCACGUUGGUGCUCCAGCUGGAGGUAUGAACGCAGCGACCCGUGCUGCCGUCGCCUACUGCAUUGCUCGUGGUCACAAGCCAAUUGCCCUCCACAACGGUUUCCCUGGCAUAAUCCGCCAUCAUUCCGAUGAGCCAGUUGGUGCUGUGCGAGAUAUUGCCUGGGUUGACGCUGAGACUUGGGCUUCCAAGGGUGGAUCAGAGAUUGGAACCAACCGUGGUCUUCCCAGCGAGGACCUUGAAACUGUUGCUUUCGUCUUCAAGAAGUACAACAUCCAGUCCUUGUUCAUCGUUGGUGGAUUCGAGGCUUUCACGGCUGUUUCCGAACUUAGACAGGCGCGGGAGUACUACAAGGCGUUCAAGAUCCCUAUGGUCAUCAUUCCUGCUACCAUCUCCAACAACGUUCCCGGCACAGAGUACUCGAUUGGCUCAGAUACUUGCUUGAACGCGCUGAUCCAGUACUCUGACGCCUGUCGUCAAUCCGCAUCCGCAUCCCGUCGCCGAGUAUUCAUCAUCGAAACCCAAGGUGGUGAGUCUGGCUACAUCGCAACCGUGGCCGGUCUCAGUAUCGGAGCUCUGGCCGUGUACACGCCCGAAGAAGGCAUCAACCUCAAGAUGCUCGACCGCGACAUCGACCAUCUCCGCGCCGUCUUCUCCAAGGACAAGGGCGUUGCCCGGUCCGGUAAAGUAAUCCUAGUCAAUGAAAAGGCCUCAAAAACCUACUCUGUGCAAAUCAUCGCACAAAUGAUUGCAGAGGCCUCCAACGGCAAGUUUGAGUCUCGUCACGGUGUCCCCGGUCACUUCCAACAAGGAACCACACCCUCGCCCAUGGACCGUGUCCGAGCCGUCCGCUUCGCUACAAAGGCCAUGCAGCACAUUGAGACGUACGCCGGCAUGGAGCCUGACCAAAUCGUCGACGACCCAAUGUCCGUCAGCGUCAUCGGUAUUAAAGGAUCCAAGCUACUCUUCUCGCCCAUGGAGACGGUGGAGAAGAAGGAGACGGAGUGGCAUCGGAGACGGCCCAAGCAUGAGUUUUGGAUGGCGCUCAAGGAGACGGUUGAUACGCUUUCGGGUAGACCUCAGGCUCCUGCUAAUCCUACACCUAUUGAUACACUGGCUGGUAGACCUGCGAAAUGA